AGGAGUCUGGGCUCUCACCUCCAAAGUGAUCCUUCUUCCCUGCCACGUCCAGUGACCAGCCAACAGCAGCCGCCUGAGCCAUGAAGCUGGUGGUGGUCCUCAUGCUGAGCGCCCUCCCCCUUUCCUGCUAUGCCGGUUCUGGCUGCGUAGAAUUGGAGGAGGUGAUCUAUAAGACCAUUGAUCCUACAGAGUCGAAGACUCAAUACAUCGAAGAUCUUCAACCGUUUAUUCCGGGUGAAAUCACUGCAAAAGGCCUAGAGAAUCUUAAGCAGUGCUUUCUCGACCAGGAUAAGGAAACUCUGGACAAUGUCCUCGAGAUGAUGGACGCCAUAUACAACAGCAGGCAGUGUGCCUCCUACUGACCCACAGGACCUUUCCUCCGACGACAGAUGGCCCGACAGUGACUCUCCAUGGCAGAACCACAGCGUAGCUCCCCUUUGUGCCUUUUGAUCCUGAAACUGCAAGACAAUUGUUGAAACCUCCCCCACAUGUUCAUUUCAAUAAAGCACCUGCAACACCAA